GGCCCUUCUGUUGCACUGGCAACAGCGUUGCCACCGCUGGGUUUCGGCCGCCAUGGAUCCUUCCUUCCUGCAGGCUUUAAUUAAUUACUACUGCCAAGAAGGCUACUUUCGUCACGUUCAGACUGUUGCCAGUGAAGGCCUGAAGACAUUCGGCAAUGACCCGGUGUUUAUUUUCUACCGUUCUUACGGCAUAUUGAUGGAAGGGCACAUUCAAGACGCUCUUCUCAGUCUUGAAUCCAUUAAAAGCAAACAAGAAAUAUCCCUUUGCACAAUGAUGGCAAUGAUCUACGCCCAUAAAAAAAGUCCAAAUCCAGAUCGGGAAGUUAUCUUGGAACUUGAUGCCAAGUUGAAGGAGCAUCGUAAGAUGGCAGGACAGGAGGCUUUAUAUUUUGCAGGACUGUUCUUGUGGCAUAUUGGCCGCUGCGAGAAAGCCCGUGAAUACAUUGACAGAAUGAUCAAGAUCUCAAAUGGCAGUAAAGAGGGGUGGAUUCUAAAAGGAUGGCUUGAUGUGACCAGUGGGAAAGAAACAAGUAUAAAAAAAGCUGGAAAAUACUUUGAUGAAGGGCUCCAAAACGGGAAUGAUAUUUUUGGCCUGAUGGGUAAAGCCCAGUAUUUUGAAAUGCGUCAGAAUUAUUCAGGAGCUUUGGAAACUGUGAAUCAAAUAAUUGCCAAUUUCCCUCACUUCCUUCCGGCAUUUACAAAAAAGAUGAAGCUACAGCUGGCUUUGCAGGACUGGGAACAGGCAGCUGAGACUGCCCAGAGGUUGUUGCAGAAAGAUUCUCUCAACCUAGAUGCUUUAAAAAUGGAGGCUGUUCACCAUUUGUGCAGGGAAGGAAACAUACCUGAGGCUUCAUCCAAGCUGAAAGAUCUGAUUAGUGCUUUGGAUCAGUUGGAACCACAUAAUCCUCAGCUUUUCUGUAAGAUAGCCUUGGUUUUUAGCAGAACGUGUGGCCGCAAUCCACACAUCCUGCAGCUGACCCAGAUGUUGGUGGAAAGAGCUUUCAGCUUAGCUCCUCAGAAUGCAGAUAUUGCUACAGAGCUGGGCUACCAGAUGCUUUUUCAAGGAAAAAUUAAAGAGGCUGUAAAAUGCUACAAAACUGCUAUGGCUCUUGAUGAGACAAGUGUUCCUGCACUGACAGGAAUUAUCCGAAGCCAGUUAAUGGAAGGAAAGUUAGAUGAUGUAGAGCAGCAGUUGGAGUUCCUGAAUGAAGUCCAGCAGUCUAUUGGAAAAUCAGCAGAGCUGUCUUAUUUACGUGCAGUAUUGGCUAUGAAGAAAAAUAAAAGACAAGAAGAAGUUAUUACUUUAUUGAAUGAUGUACUUGAUGCCCACUUUUCUUCUCUCCAAGGUUUACCUCUUGGUGUAGAAUAUUUUGAAAAAUUAAAUCCUGAUUUUUUGAUAGAAAUUAUUAAGGAGUAUCUUAAUUUUUGCCCAGGUCAGCCUGCAAGCCCAGGACAGCCUCCUUCACCACUUCUCAGACCUUGUGCAUCAGUCCUUGAAACUGUGAUGAAAACAGUUCCUGGUCUUUUACAAGCUGCCUACUUGGUUGCAAAGGUGAAAUAUUUAUCAGGGAACUGUGAAGCAUCUGAGAGAAUCUUACAACACUGUCUGGAGCAGAAUCCUUCCUACGCAGAGGCUCAUCUCCUGAUGGCUCAAGUUCAUCUAUUGCAAAACAACUUCCAACUCUGCUCUCAGUCCCUAGAGCUCUCUCUAAGUUACAACUUUGAGAUUAGGGAACAUCCUGUGUACCACUUAAUAAAAGCUCAAGCCCAGAUAAAGAUGGGUGAAGUAGCAGAAGCCAUUAAAACAUUACAGAUGGCAAUGAAUUUGCCAGGGAUGAGAACAAGUGCACCUUCCUCUAAAUCAAAAACAAAACGGAUUGAAAUUGAUGGGCGUGAUCGUGUCUCUCUCUACCUGGAACUGGUAGAGGCUCAUCGUUUGAAUGGCGAACAGCAUGAAGCUGUUAAAAUCCUCCAAGAUGCUAUCAAUGAAUUUUCUGGUACAUCUGAGGAACUGAGGGUCAUGAUCACUAAUGCAGACUUAGCUCUUGUGCAAGGAGAUGUUGAAGCAGCUUUAACUAUGUUCAGAAAUAUAACACCAGAACAGACUUAUUUUGUUCAAGCCAAAGAAAAGAUGGCAGAGAUCUAUCUGGAGUACAGGAGAGACAAGAAGCUAUAUGCAAGCUGUUAUAGAGAUCUGGUGGAAAAAAUGCCAAGUUCUCACACCUUUCUUCUCCUUGGUGAUGCAUACAUGAAUAUCCAGGAGCCUGAAGAAGCCAUAGAGGCUUAUGAGCAGUCUUUAAAGAGAAAUCCUAGAGAUGGAGCCUUGGCUCGUAAAAUUGGGAAUGCUCUAGUCAAGACUCACAAUUAUUCAAAGGCAAUCAAUUAUUAUGAAGCUGCUCUGAAAACUGGCCAGCAGAAUUUCCUCUGUUACGACUUGGCUGAGCUAUUGCUAAAACUGAGUCAGCAUGACAAAGCAGAAAAAGUUCUUUGGCAAGCCUUAGAUCAUGAGCCUGUCAAUGAUUUGUCUUCUCUGAUGGAAGAUAUCCAUUAUCAGGUUCUUCUUGCAAAGGUUUACAGCAAAAUGGAGAGAACUGAGGAUGCUGUUGUUUCAUUGCAACAAGCUCGGGAGCUGCAGGCCAAAGUCCUGAAGCGGAUUCAGGUUGAGCAGCUGGACGCUGUUCCUUUGCAGAAGCAACUGGCAGCAGAAAUUUGUGCAGAGAUAGCAAAGCAUUCAGCAACCCAGCGGAAUUAUGAGAAAGCCAUUACAUUUUACAAAGAAGCGCUUGUGCAUUGCGAGACAGACAACAAGGUGAUGCUGGAACUUGCCCGUUUAUAUCUUGCACUGGAUGAUGUGGACGCAUGCCAGCAUCAGUGUGCUGUCUUGCUAAAGAAUGAUCGAGAUAAUGCAGCAGCCACUAUGAUGAUGGCUGACCUGAUGUUCAAGAAACAGGACUAUGAGCAGGCCUUGUUUCAUUUCCAGCAGCUUUUGGAUCGCCAUCCCGACAAUUAUACUACACUGUCUCGUUUAAUUGACCUCUUAAGAAGAGCUGGAAAAUUAGAAGAGGUUCCAAGAUUCCUUGCAAUGGCCGAGAAACAUUCUCCAAGGACAAAACUUGAUCCAGGUUUUCAUUAUUGCAAAGGAUUAUAUUUGUGGUACACUGGUGAACCAAAUGAUGCACUUCGACAUUUUAACAAAGCAAGGAAGGAUAAUGACUGGGGACAAAAUGCAGUGUACAAUAUGAUCGAAAUUUGCUUAAACCCUGACAAUGAAACAAUUGGAGGGGAGGUGUUUGAACAUCUGGAUGGUGACAUAGAUAGUUCUACAGAAAAGCAAGAAUCAGUGCAGCUGGCUGUGAGAACAGCAGAAAAACUCCUAAAAGAAUUGAAGCCUCAGACUGCUCAAGGUCACGUUCAGCUUUGCAUCAUGGAAAAUUACUGUUUAGUGGCAACUAAACAAAAAUCAAAUGUUGAGCGAGCACUAAAUGCCUUUACAGAAAUUGUUACUAAUGAGAAGGAUCAUGUCCCAGCACUUUUGGGAAUGGCUACAGCGUACAUGAUCUUAAAACAAACUCCAAGAGCCAGAAACCAGUUGAAGCGAAUUUCAAAAAUGAACUGGAAUCCCAUUGAUGCAGAAGAGUUUGAAAAAAGUUGGCUUUUGCUUGCUGAUAUUUACAUUCAAUCUUCAAAAUAUGACAUGGCGAGUGAAUUACUAAAGCGAUGCCUUCGUCAUAAUAGGUCCUGUUGCAAAGCUUAUGAAUAUAUGGGAUACAUUAUGGAAAAGGAGCAAGCAUACAAAGAUGCAUCUGCAAACUAUGAGAUGGCCUGGAAAUAUGGGAACCAAACCAAUCCAGCCAUUGGUUUCAAGCUAGCUUUUAAUUACCUGAAAGCCAAGAGAUAUAUUGAUGCAAUCAAUAUUUGUCAUAAGGUUUUAGAAGCACAUCCAAAUUACCCCAAAAUCAGAAAAGAAAUACUUGAUAAAGCACGUGCCUCUUUAAGGACUUGAGUAUUGAUGUAUGCAUUUAUGUUAAUUUGGAAGAUAAAAGGAACUAUAAAGUCAUCUGUAUAAUUGAAGAUGCUGCACACCCAGCUAGUUCCCAGUGAAAAACAGUGAAGAGACUACUUGUAGGUUUAUUUUAAAAACAGGCUGCUUUAGUAUUUAGGGUUCAGUAAAUACAAAGAUCAUUGGUGUCUCACUUUUCGUCUGUAGAUACUGGCUGCAAUCCAGAUAAACUGUGUAAAAGAAACAACAGGCACAGCUGGAACUUUCUUUGAAGAUCUCUCUGUGGCAGAGAAAUCUUCAGAGAGAACUUCCAGCUGUGUCCAUUGCUCUUUCUACAUUGUAGAGGUGAUUUAUUUGGAGUGUAACCAAUGUUUUGAAAUGGUGUCUAAUUUGAAUCUUCAGGAAUACCAAGAAAGGGGAAAAUAAAGAACAAUACUACAAUGCUAUAUUUAUUUCCCUCCAGUUUUAACUAUUUUGUUUUUGCAAGGUAUCAUUUUUCUUUGCUGGAAACCUUAAGCAGUUAAUAACUUAAUUCUUAUUUAAAUUCUUUAUUUUACUCUAGCAGUAACUAAGACUGCAUUUUUGCAUAUUGCAUGGUGUUUGUGCAUAAUAUUGUGUACUAAUAUAUAAUAAUAUGAAAAAUAUAAUAUAAAAUGAAAGAUCUCUGUUCCAGGGAUUUCUUGAAGAUGUUUUUCCAUGUUACAUCUGUAUACUUUUCUGUUGUCCUUCUACAAUAUUCAGUCUCCCAAUCUUUUCGCAAAGUGGGUCAGACUAAGAGAUGAUGCCUUUUCCUAAGAUUGCCAUGGACUUCUUAAACUUAAGGACACAUUUGAACUUCAGUUGCCCACAUUAAAGCCCAUCACUUGAGUCAUAAAGAAGGAUAAAAAAUCAGUGUGUAUGCGUACAUAUAUCUUUUUAUUGUCACUUAAGAUACAACUGUCUCUCAUGCUUGGACUCUUAAUUGAUUCUUUGGGCUAUUGUGACAAAGAACUAUCAAGCAAUUUAUUGCCUGUCUAGAUCUAGAAUUUCCAGACAUGACUGUUUCUGAGAAUCUUUGGGGUUUUUUUUUAAAGAUUUUUUAUCCGCCUUUCUUUUUAUA